AACUUCCUUCUUCUUGACAAAAUGGCACAGACGUCGACAUCAAAAUGUAGUCUUUGUGGUGUGAAUAAUGGUAUUUACUUUUGUUACGAAUGUAGAAAAGCUUUGUGUAGAUUAUGCAGAACACCACACGAUAAUAUUCCGGCUUCAAAAAAUCAUACCGUAACGGAUUUAAAAUCUGUUGAUCGCACUGCUUUUCAAAAUUUCUUGAUUUGUUCGGUACAUAAUAUGGAUUUUUCAUUGUAUUGUACACAAUGCACAUCAAUGAUAUGCGGAGAAUGUGUGAUAUCUACGCAUAAAGGGCACAAUUUUUCCAGGAUUUACCAAGUCGCUGAUGAGAUGAGAAAGAAAGCCACAAUACAGUAUGUCGAAAUGAGAGAUAAGUUGGCGAAAUCAUCAAAGAUACUAAGUAAAAUUGAAAAAAACCAUUUGCCAGAAAUAAAAAAAGAAAGCAAAAUGUACAUCAGAAGAAAUAAAACUUGCUAUACAAGAGGUUCACCAGGUCAAAGAUUCAAAAGGCGAUGUGAAAAUAACCGAGGUUGAAGAUUUUGAAUGUUUGGAAACAGACCAGCUGAAGGUAGACUUAGCAAAUAGAACACAGGCUCACUUUAGGUGUACGUCAUUAUUUUCUACUCUUGAACAAUUACUUAAAGAAAAACAUGCAAUUUCAUUCUUGAACGCAUAUAUGAACUUGAAAGGUGAUUUAAAAGAUUUCCAAGACAUUGAAUUGGGAAACAUUACAGACAAACGACCCCCUAACUUUGACAAGAAACUGUUCAUUGAAGAUCUCAUACAGACCCUUACCGAUCUAAAGAAGAGUAUAGUAUCUGAUAUUCCAAAAAAGGCUGAGGAAGUUGACAGCAUUUGGCGAGCACAUCAUAACAUGCAUCGUUUUGCUGACUGUAGAUUUCCUCAUCCAGACGGGGAAAAUUCAGACGAGGAGAAAGAAGGAGACGAUUCUGAGCAAGUUAUUCUUGCCUUACUAUGGACACACCACGAAUAUUUUGAACCGAAGUCAUUAUCACGUGCCCAGGCAGAGUACAACUUUUAUCGUCUGCUGCAAAAACAAUGGCGACAAACUAUGAGAAGAGUAAAAAUGGAGGACAUCAAAUAUCCACCAUUCUCCAUGAAGGAUUUUAGAGGUAUACCAAGAAAUCGACCUUUAUAUGCUGCUAUAUGUACAAUACUAGACCAUUCAAAAGAUGACAACGUAAAAAAAGGUGCUGCUAAAGCAGCAGAAGAGUAUAACAGACUGAAUGUAUUGGAGCAGACUAUGCUUUCGCAGAAAAUGAUGGCAACUAUUCCACAAGGUAUAGACAUAGAACAAGGGCAAUAUAGAGAAAUUGUCAGUGAAAUGAAAUCUAGAUUUAAGAAAGCAGAAAGUAAACCACUUAGACCAAUAGACAAAUUCAAAAUGCUUCCGUUGUUCGAGUAUCUUAAGCUUAAAGAAACCAUCACUAGCCAGAGAAAUCAGAUUGAGGAUCUAGCUAGCAGGUUGAGUGGUAUUGCCAGUCAGCAGUUGGCUGAUGGGGACCCUGGAUUUACAGACCUUGGAGAUAAGAAUAGACCCCAGAAACUUGGAGAGAGGUUUGCUGAGUUGUUUGACGAGACAUGGUCGAGUGCCUAUGAAUCACUGAAGCCUAAAGGUAUUGAUGAUGACGAGAGUGAUGAAGGAACAAUGGAUAUCUUACAACAAAUUGUUAAGGUUAUUUAUGACUUCUGUCAAGAAAUAUCACAGGACCAGAUACAGAGACUAAUUAAAGAAAUGAUACCUCCAGUAGUAGAUCCAACUAGUGAUAAUCCAAAGUCAGAGGGAUAUCCAGCAAGUGAGCAAAUGAGAGCUAAGACAGAACAGAUGGCCAGAGAAUACAGGAAGCUUGUAGCCCCAGCUACUGUCAAAGUGAUGCAAACGGAAAUUUUUGAAAAUCAUAUCAAGGAAAAACUUUUAAAAGGUGACCAAAUAAGUAAAGAACUGGUUUCCUAUGUAGAACAAUGUGUAGACCUUAUCUGGUACAUGUGCAUUCAACAACCUCCUAUGGAAAUAAGAUGGGCUGUUAAGGGUGAAAAGUUCAAUAAAGAACAAUUCAGGUUUUCAGGAAGAAAAGGAAAGAAAUACAGAAUGACUGUCUGGCCUGCUGUAUUUUUACACAAAGAGGGACCACUUGUGGCACCAGGUUAUGCUGUACCUGAUAAAUAAAAAUCCAUGAACACAUUUGUAAACAUGUAGACAGAAGUUGUUUUUAAUUGUAGACUCAUAUUUAAUUAUAUAGACUGUAAUGUGAUGGGUGGUCACUUUUCUAUAAAAAAAUCUUGUUACAGGUUCUUGAUCUUGAUCUAAUAAAAGAUUGUUUUUUUC